AUGAGAUUGUUUUUCGUGAUUUUUUGCGCGGCGGCGUUGGUCGAAGCUGGAAAAAAUAAAAAGAACAAAGAGGUUGAGACUCAAGAAACUAAAGAGAAGACGAAAAGGGAAAAGCGGCGGGAAAAGAAGGCGAACAAGCCAAAAGAAGAGCCCGAAAUUGACCCCGACGAUCCGUUGAUUGUCAAACUCUUCGACGUCGAAGCCCGAGUUACUGCCUGGAAUGACCAAUUUGGAGCCGAUGCUCUUCGAAAAGAAAGAAUUACGCGAAAGAUUUCCAACACAAUGCGAGAUCUCAUCGCCAAGACCCGAUCUGCAGCUAGAAAUAGCAACUGUCGGGAAUCCAUGACUUCGAUCGGCUUCAGAUCUGGCAAUAAAAAGGAAGUGAAGGCGGAAGCGCAGGUUUUGCGCAAAAUCGAUGAUAUUACAAACACUUACCAAGCCAUCGCUGAUGAAUACAUCGCAGGCUGCCCUGAGUACAACAAGAUCAUCAACCUUUCGACAGUGCUCCAAAAGCGAAUGAAAAAAUCCUACGAUCGCGCUGUUCGCAAAGAAGCUCUGAAAAUUCUCGCUGAAAAUAAGGCCUCAGAAAUGCUGGAAAAAGAACAAGCCAAAGCUCUGAAAGCACAGAGAGCGGAAAACAAAAAAGAAGCUCAAAGUUUGCGAGAGUCUAAAAAAGCUAACAAGGAAGAGGCACAAGCUGAGCGAGAGAGAAAAGCAGAAAAUAAGCAAAAACGAAAAGAUCUGAAAGCUGAAAAAGAAAUCAAAAAGGAACAACGUGGCUAG